UGAAUACUUGCAAUUUAUUUGCCGUCAAGAAAUGACUUUGAUUAAUGCCAUGUCAGCAAACAUUGGAAUUUCACAGGACUUGGUCAGAGGUUUAAUGGACUUGGAUUCACUUAUUCAGCAGCACAAGGAAGGUCAGCAGGUGGCAACUUUAGUGGAGAUGGAAAGAUCACAAGGAUGUGGACGUCCUACAAUCCAUUUAUCAAGAGAAAGACUAAUCCACUUUCUGAAGCUUGGUUUACCCCAGGAAACCAUUAGUAAAAUUUUAGGUGUCUCUCGUACAACCAUCUAUCGUCGGAUGAGAGAAUGUGAUUUGUCAGUCACUUCCCUCUACAGCAGCUGCACAGAUGAAGAACUUGAUUCAUUGGUGUCUGAAAUCAAAAGCACAAUGCCAAACAUAGGGUACAGGGUUGUCAGAGGAGCGCUCCUUGCCAAAGGACAUAGAGUACAGUGGGACAGAAUUUGUGCAUCUAUGCAUCGUGUUGAUGGUCUCGGUGUUCUCUCACGGAUGUCCCAGCUUGGUUGUGUUGCUCGGCGAACCUAUUCUGUACCAUACCCCAAGUAUCUUGUACAUAUAGAUACAAACCAUAAGCUCAUAAGAUACAGCAUGGUUAUCUUUGGGGGUGUGGAUGGAUAUUCAAGAAAGAUCAUGUAUUUACGCAUUGCAGACAACAACCGCUCUGAAACAACUCUUAGAUUUUUCGAAGAGGCAGUAGAGGAGUUUGGUUUUCCCUUAAGAGUACGAGGAGAUCAUGGAGGAGAAAAUGUAGGAGUGGCGCGACUGAUGUUUCUAAUGCGAGGAACAGAGAAUGCAAGCUUCAUUGCUGGCAAGAGUGUGCACAAUCAAAGGAUUGAACGCCUCUGGCGGGAUGUUCGAAUGUGUGUCACCACUGUGUACUACAACAUUUUACAUCAUCUUGAGGAUUGUGGCCUUCUUGAUCUAAGCAGCUUCACCCACCUCUUCUGCUGUCAUUAUGGUUUUUUACCUCGCAUACAAGCCAGCCUUGAUGCUUUCAGGGAUGCAUGGGAUAACCAUUCCAUGAGGACAGAGAGCAACCUAACCCCAAAUCAGCUAUGGGAGACUGGCCAGUAUCAGAAUCCAAUAAGUAACCCUGAGAUGCAGUAUUCUGAUUCUGCUGCAGUUGAACAAGAGAGUGGAGGAGACACUGAAGAAAUUCACUUUGGGGUCAAUGUGCCUGCAAUUCAGAGGCCUCAACUUACAAAUGAGCAACUUGAGCAGCUUGUGUCACAAAUUGAUCCACUGCAGGAGUCCGAGUCAUUUGGAGUUGACAUUUACCUCCAGACUCUCACAUAUGUGCAGACAUUGAUUGGAGAAAGGGUCAUUUGA